AAUUUUCACUAGCAUAGAUGCCUCAUGAAUUCAUGCAAAGUUAAAAGAAAGGUAACCGGAAGCACCAGCUAUGUAUCCAAUGGAUAAAAGAUCCUGGAAAUGUCUGGAACCAGAAGCAUCAGGCACAUUAUAAAUACACCAACCAACUCUUGUAGUUAGCAAGAACUACCAUAGUCAAGAUUGAGUUUGUUUCCAAUCCUCUGAUCUUCCUUUUUUUUUCUAAAAAUGUCAAUCAUUCCCAGCUUCCUUGGCCGCAAGGCUAACAAGAUAAAUGACCUUGAGCCUGUCUCUCUUGAAAUUUUGGAUCCCUUUGAAGGCUUCUCCUUUGCCAUUGGAGCUCCUGUUGUGAGUUUCGCUACCACCCGAAUGGAUUGGAAAGAGACCCCAGAUGCGCAUGUGUUCAUUGCAGAGGUUCCAGGAUUGAGGAAGGAGGAGGUGAAAAUAGAGGUGGAAGAGGGGAAGGUUCUAAAGAUAAGUGGGCAAAGGACAAAAGAAUUUGAGGAUAAGAAUGAAAAGUGGCACCGGGUUGAGAGGAUCUCUGAUAAGUUUGUUCGGAGUGUGAGAUUGCCUCCUAAUGCCAAUACUGAUAAGGUGAGAGCAAACCUUGAGAAUGGAGUGCUUACUGUGACUGUGCCUAAGGGAUUUGAGAAGGUGCAGGGUGGAAGAUUUAUUCAGAUAUCAGGUUGAUGAGUUCAGUUCUGCUCAAUAAGUAUAAAGCUUAAUUAAGGGGGUCUUCGUAUCAAAAUAGUAUCUGAUGGAAGUAUUUUAUGUAAGAGAUCUUAUAUAUGGUCUUUUAUCAUAUCUGCUUGUAUCCUGUACUCUUCAAUAAGAAGAUAUAUGUAGUGGGUGGGAGUGGAUUAUGGUAUUUGGAGACUAAUUUCCUGCAUUCGGCCUUUCUUUUCUUUUUUUCCCCUUUUACUCCAGAACAGGUUGCUAUCCCCCACAGCUAUUGUUUUAUUUUCUUUUACGGACCUUUAAAGAGCUCUUUCCAUUUUCUUUGAGCUUGUUACCUUUUAGGAGUAUUAUGCUCUGUUUUGUUCUCUCUAUUGUAGUAAGUAAACUUCGUUAUUCUAUGGUG